AUGUCGCCAACAUACACCAUGUCCGCACACCUGUGCAAGUCCAUUUACGCCUCGUGGCGCGAAACCCGCCGUUCGCCUUCCGACCUACCCUCCCCUGGCGUCCAGGCACCCAACAUGACCUCCUACUUCCCUCGCAGCCCUUCUCCUGAGAAGCGCUCCAUGGAUAGCGACCGCAGCGAGACCAACUUGCCAAUGUCUCGAUCAUCCUCGAGCUCCUCGUGGCGGAGUCCCAAAUAG